CUUGAACUUGGGAGCCUUUGCUGCCCUCAGCUCAGAGUGCGGGUGAGCGCACGAGCCCGGGAGGAGGUUGGCACGCGUCAUGAAUUUGGAGACGGGCAGCCGGGGCUCAGAGUUCGGCAUGAGCGCAGUGAGCUGCGGCAACGGGAAACUCCGACAGUGGUUGAUCGACCAGAUCGACAGCGGCAAGUACCCCGGGCUAGUGUGGGAGAACGAGGAGAAGAGCGUCUUCCGCAUCCCGUGGAAACACGCGGGCAAGCAGGACUACAAUCGUGAGGAGGACGCCGCACUCUUCAAGGCUUGGGCACUAUUUAAAGGCAAGUUCCGAGAAGGGAUCGACAAACCAGACCCUCCUACCUGGAAGACAAGAUUACGAUGUGCUCUGAACAAGAGUAAUGACUUUGAGGAACUGGUAGAGAGGAGCCAGCUGGACAUCUCUGAUCCAUACAAGGUGUACAGGAUCGUUCCAGAGGGAUCCAAAAAAGGAACAAAACAGCUCACUCUGGAAGACACACAGAUGGCCAUGGGCCACCCCUACCCCAUGACAGCACCUUAUGGCUCUCUGCCAACCCAGCAGGUUCAUAACUACAUGAUGCCACCCCAUGACAGGAGCUGGAGGGAUUAUGCCCCUGACCAGUCACACCCAGAAAUCCCAUAUCAAUGUCCUGUGACGUUUGGCCCACGCGGCCACCACUGGCAAGGCCCAUCUUGUGAAAAUGGUUGCCAGGUGACAGGAACCUUUUAUGCUUGUGCCCCACCUGAGUCCCAGGCUCCCGGAAUCCCCAUUGAGCCAAGCAUAAGGUCUGCUGAAGCCUUGGCGCUCUCAGACUGCCGGCUGCAUAUCUGCCUAUAUUACCGGGACAUCCUCGUGAAGGAGCUGACCACGUCCAGCCCCGAAGGCUGCCGGAUCUCCCACGGACAUACCUAUGAUGUUAGCAAUCUAGACCAGGUCCUGUUCCCCUACCCAGACGACAAUGGGCAGAGGAAGAACAUUGAGAAGUUGCUGAGCCACCUGGAGAGGGGACUGGUCCUCUGGAUGGCCCCAGAUGGGCUUUAUGCCAAAAGACUCUGCCAGAGCAGGAUCUACUGGGAUGGGCCCCUGGCGUUGUGCAGUGAUCGGCCCAACAAACUAGAAAGAGACCAGACUUGCAAGCUCUUUGACACGCAGCAGUUUCUAUCAGAACUGCAAGUGUUUGCUCACCAUGGCCGGCCAGCACCAAGAUUCCAGGUGACUCUAUGCUUUGGUGAGGAGUUUCCAGACCCUCAGAGACAGAGGAAGCUCAUCACAGCUCAUGUGGAACCUCUGCUAGCCAGACAACUGUAUUACUUUGCUCAACAAAACAGUGGACAUUUCCUGAGGGGCUACGAGUUACCGGAACAUAUUAGCACUCCAGAUUACCACCGCUCCCUCCGUCAUUCUUCUAUCCAAGAGUGAGAAGCCAGCAGCAAGGAUGAUUUUGUUUCAUUGUAAAUACUCUGACAGGGCAGCCGGCUGCUGCCCUUUCUCUUUGGAAGGGCUAAGAAGUGGGUUGCCACCUGAAGACAACAACAGGGAUUUGUGAGGAGAAACAGCUCCACCUGCUCAACAGAGGAGCUUGCCCCAGAAGAGCACCUGCCAUCCAGGUCUUGACAAGUGCCAGUACUUGGGUGAUGUGCCCUGGCUUAUAACUGUGAAAUUUGACCAGUGUCGUGUUUACAUGUACUUAAAUACUGGCUUUAGCCUGGUAUGGAUGGACUUUUGCUUGAAGACUGAAAACCUGUGCCAGCGUGAAUCCCUGACAAGAGAAGACAUAAAUAUUAUUGGUCCGUUUCUCAGGGAAGUAAAAUCUAAACUAGAGACUACUCUGUCCACCCACAAAGAGAUGCCUUCUUGGAAAGAGGCACUAUAGGUCUCCCGGAUCAUGUCCACUGAGUAAAGGGACUUGUUCUUAGGUCCCGUCUAGGCUAUCUAGUCCUGAUGCUGCAGAGUCUCUACAAGUGGACCCUACAUCCUGUUUGCUCCCUCUUCUUGCCCUUUCCUAAAAGCCAGCUGGUGGACUCUUGUUGCCACAUACUUGAGCCAAAAAAGCAUCAAGGGCAUAUAAGAUGAAACAUGUUUGCGUCUCCUCCAAUCUAAGAAUGACUAUAAUCUACAAUGUAGUUUUUGAUGUAUCCCCCUUUUUGUUUUGCCUCUUACUUUUUUUAGAAUUGUUGCUUUUUUUUUAAAAGAAAGGGAAAGAGAAAGAAAGAGAGAGAGAGAGAGAGAGAGAGAGAGAGAGAGAAUACUAGAGAUAGAGUUUUAAAAUUCUGUGCCAUUUCCCCUUCUAUUUGUUUUGUUGGCCAUCAGUAGUCUCCAUGGCAACACUGAACACUGGAAGGGCGGAGCCUUUGAGCAGGUUGGGAACUGUCCCGGACACCAGUGGUUCAGUGUACAGCUGCAGACUCAGUGGGCUGUUUCUGCUUAUUUUGUAUAUUAGAUGCUUCCUUGUGCCAAUAAUAGUUUGACAGAGUCUCAAAAUUGCCGGCCUUUUCUAACAAUACAUUCUUUCACAGAACCCCAAAGAGUCUCACUUGCCUUUAUAAAUCGUCUGGUCCCUUAUUUUCUUGUUACUGUUUUGUUUAGGUGGCUUCGCCAUGCUCCAGGAGUUUUCUCCUACCACAGCAUAAUUUCUGUUUCUUCCAGGCUCAGAAAGAGUCAGCUGGCCUCACACACAUGGCACUUACUUCUUUUUUUUUUUUUAACAUGCCACUCUUAAUAUUUCUUCUUAAGUCUUUCAGCAGCAUACAUUGAAUAAGCAAUGGACCGUUAGAGUGUUGUUUAUUUUAGUUUGUCUGUUUUGUUUUUAAAAAGGAGCCUUUAAUAAAUAGAAUACAUUACAGAAAAUGGAAGCAUUUUUCAUAGAGAAGGGGAAAACUGAAAAACAUUUUAUCUUUUAAUCUUCCUUGCUAGAAUUAUCUCCAAGAGUUCAGUCUGUUCUUUAAACAUAUUUUAGUUUUCAAUACAUAUAUGAAGUUGCCUUUUUUAGAGAGAGAGAGAGAGUGAGAGAGAGAGAGAGAGAUGUGAUGACACUCUUAUGUACACAGCUAUACAGACUUACCUCAUCUUUUGAGUGGCAUGUGGAAUUCCACUGCAGUGUGCCUGGGUGCAGUUUAGACAUCUUCUUAGCUACCUGUCAUGAAUGCAUCCCAGCAGCCCACUGAGUCUCGUGAACUGAAGUCACUUAUACAUCUUAUAGAUGCAAAACAUUCUGGGGUAUAUUAUCCCAAGGAAAGAUGAAGGCAAAAUUGAGAAGCACUCUUUUCCCGAGGCCCCAAGCCAUAGCUGUGCUCCUGGAGUGUAUCAACCAUAUCUGGCACUUCACUGAGGUUCUUUGCCUGAUCCUGUAUGACCACAACUCUUCGUCCCACGUGCAGAUGCUUCAUUUCAAUUGCCAUGUGAGCUCUUUUUUCCCCCUUAACGUUGUGCUGCUUUAGCAGUGAAGCUGAAUUUACUACAAAAUGCUGUUUGGUUUGGGUCACCAAUUCCUGUCUUACUUUACAGCCAUGCAUGCUGAUGGCUUCCAUCUUGAGGAACGGUUUGAUAGGCAAACACUCCUGAUACAGAAAGGAUACCUCCAUCAUCCCUUGUUGACAAAAUGGGAUGCACACAGUAGAAUUUAGUUUGUUCUCACUGGAAGAUGCUGUUGAAGAGGUAGGCCGAGGAACACUGCAUCCUAGGGAGAAAACAUGCAAGUCUCACAGGUGUAUGCUGUUGGCUUUGUUUCUGGUCCUUGAACAAGCAUUAGUGUCUGGUUUAAAACUCAAAGCCCCAAAGCCCCUCUGUUGUUGUCCUGGACAGAGAAGUUGGUACAGCCCACCUGUAGAGAUCCAGACACACUCUGGGAUUGGAGCAAGGAAGGGCCUGCUUUAUCGUGAGAACGCCAGCGCUGUAGAGGCCUGGGUGCAGCACCUGUGUGUGCCUCAGGCCAGACUCAGGAAUGCUAGCAGGCUGAGUUUGGUGACUGAUUAAGGGAUAUGUGAGGUGCCCUUGCCCUGUAGACAGGCUGAGUGUGAGCCCUAGCAGCAGAGGAUUCUGGGAGUCAGGGUGUCAUGUCCUACACAGGAAGAGCCUUCAAUAUUACUUUUAAAACUUACUUUCCCCUUGCUGAUAUUUUGAUAAAAAUCCAAACAAGGUUUAAAUGCCCUCUCAUUUCUCUCCAGGCAGUCUUGUCCAUCCCACUGGUGAAUAUUUGUUUUGUUGUCGUUGUUAUUGGUGAAAAUUGUGAAAUUGUUACGGUCUCUGUUUUUGUUAUUUAUCUCCCUAAAUCACGUGGCUGCUGCAUACAUUGCAAUGUUGCCACGAGCCUGCCCUACCACAUACAUCUUUUUGCCAGUUGCUUCUUCACUCGUUGAAGCCUGCGCAGUAAGUGAAACUCACUCAGUCCUUGCUACUUGCUGCUGCUCACUGUCACACGAAUGCAGGGAAGGCUGAUUUUCCUGGACUCAUUUUCAGCGCUUUGAUGAACAUGUCUCCAGCGUAUAUUGAAGUAGAAGACGGCGUUUGGCAAGCCAGUUCUUAUUAGACACUCUUCAAGGUGGACCCAUCUCAUGUGGAAGGGCAUCAUUGUCCCUCUGCUCCCAUGCCCUGUGCACCUACUUCACAGUGAGAGACCUGCUGGGGACCAAGGCUCAGAGAUCUCUGUCUUAGAGCUUAUGCUUUGGAUGUCUGCCAUGUCUAAGCCCGACAGGAAAGCACUGUGCCAUCCUGCCUCCAGUGUUGGAUGGAUAGGCUAUGGAUUUUGCUGUAAACUUGCUUCACAAGGAAAACUAUGUGUUUUUAAAUAUUUGAUAAAUAAAGAAUUUCUAGAAAGAUUGA